AUGGGGCUUUUGCUUAAACAAGCGCUCAAGACACUCUGUGGUUCCAAUCAGUGGGCUUAUGCUGUGUUCUGGAAGAUCGGCUGCCAAAACCCUAAACUAUUAAUUUGGGAAUGUCAUUAUGAACCAUCAAUAUGUUCUCUACCUAAACGCAUUGCUGGAACUGAAAGAGCCGAAUUACCAUUUGGAGAGUGGGAAGGGUGCUGGGUUUCUUCUGAAGUGUGUUCCUCUUCUAAUGGUAUUCAACCAGAGGAAAGAGUGUCUUCACUUAUUAGUAGAAUGAUGAUGGAUAAACCGUUUAAUAUAGUGGGCGAAGGAAUAGUGGGACGAGCUGCAUUUACAGGAAACCAUCAAUGGAUUCUAUCAAGCAAUUACACUAAAGAUGCCCAUCCACCGGAGGUCCUAAAUGAGAUGCACCACCAAUUUUCUGCUGGCAUGCAGACAGUUGCAGUUAUUCCUGUUCUUCCUCAUGGUGUUGUUCAACUUGGUUCUUCCCUGGCUAUGAUGGAGAAUAUAGGAUUCAUCAAUGAUGUGAAGAGUUUAAUCCUGCAACUAGGAUGCAUUCCUGGUGCUCUGUUAUCAGAAAACUAUGCAACAAAAGAUUUUGUUGAGAAAUCUGGAGUACCCUAUACUGCUGGUAUGCUGACACCUAUGCAUCCAGCUGGAAAUUAUAAGGAAACAGGUUCUGCUCAGAUGACUGAUAACUAUACACAUCAAAGCAACUCAUCUCGGGCCUCAGGCCUUGUUGGCCAACCAUCUCACUCUCUUCUUAAAGAUGUUCACAAUAAGUCUCAAACUACUGAUUCAACAUUUCAAACCCCUAACCUUACCCAAAAUCUACCUAAAAUUCAUGAUGACCCUCAACAACCAACGGUUUCUCCAUUGAUGAAACCAAACUUUUCUUUUGACGGCCAACGAAAGGAUGGAGUUGGGGGAGCUGAAGUAAUUGCCACCAAUUCUGAUGUGUGGUUGAACCAGCUGACUCCCUCAUAUAAUUCAAGCAGGGGACUCAAAUACCCAUCUCGUUUGGGUCAAUCAGGUGCAAAUCAGGGCAGUCUAAAGUUGAUGGAACAUCAGAUCUUAUCUGGUGGUAGCAUUAGGUAUGAUCUUGAUAACAACUUUAGUGCGUCGAAUGGUAUCAUGCCUCAAUUGAGAACAAAUGGAAGUUUAAUCCUUGAUCAGAGCAAAGGUUCGAUAACUGCUUCGGUGGUCGGAGGAAGUCAAGCACAUGGUGGAUCAAGUAGUCAUUCAAGGCAAAUUUUAGUUCCUUGUUCUCCUUCAGACUCACACAGGGCAGCUGACAUCAACCUCUGUGGUGGACGUCUGUCCAGUGUUAAAUUUCAGAAGGCUGAUGAUUUCCAAACAGAAGGGGUUUCUUCAUCCAGUGUGGCAGGUCAAUCAGCUUCUCAGAACAUGCUUUCAAAGGGCUCUGACCAGAGACAGUUUUCUACCAAUGUGAAGUUUACUCAGACUGAACUGGCCCUGAGGGAGCAACGGAUGGAUCAUGAAUUGUUUAAAGCCCUUAGCAUCCCAUUGAUUCAUCCAGAUGAACACAUGUCUUUGAGCGAGAACAUCCCUGAUAUUAUUCAUGAUGACCUUGAUUAUAAAAUUUGUAGUCCAGGAUCUGCAAAUGCUACACAUGAUGCUUGUACUCAAAUUUCAUCAGGAGCUGAUUUGUUUGACGUUUUGGGUAUGGAUUUUAAAAAUAAGCUGUUUAAUGGCAAUUGGAACAAAUUUCUUGCUGAUGAGAUAGGUUCAAAUACAAAAGACCUGGGUGAGAAUACUUCGACAUUUACAAAUGUGCAGGAGUUGGGUUCUGAUUAUUAUUCACCAGGUCAAGGAAUAUCAAACAGUAGCAUUUUCUCUGGGGGAGGCGCUGACCAUCUUUUAGAUGCUGUGGUCUCUAGGGCUCAGUCUGCUGUCAAGCAGAGCUCUGAUGAUAACGUGUCAUGUAGAACAACAUUGACAAAAAUCAGUAGCUCUUCCAUGCCUAACAGUUCUCCCACUUGUGGACGGGUUAGUAUGCCUAAUCAUGUGCAUGGGGAGACAUUGGGCCUUCCUAAGGCUAUUGGAAAAGCAGGGAUAGAAGAACCCAGUUCAUUCCAAUCUGGGUGUAGCAGGGAUGAUGUGGGGAACUGUUCCCAGACUACCUCCAUAUAUGGAUCUCGUAUAAGUUCUUGGGCUGAACAGGGUAAUACUGCAAAGCAUGAGAGUAGUGUUUCAACUGCAUAUUCUAAGAGGCCUGAUGUAAUGGGAAAAUCAAAUCGCAAAAGGCUUAAACCUGGAGAGAACCCUAGGCCAAGGCCAAAAGAUCGUCAGAUGAUCCAAGAUCGGGUCAAAGAGUUGCGGGAUAUUGUGCCAAAUGGAGCAAAAUGUAGCAUAGACGCACUGCUUGAACGCACUAUCAAGCAUAUGCUUUUCUUGCAAAGCGUCACAAAGCAUGCUGACAAGCUGAAACAAACAGGAGAAUCUAAGAUUAUUGGCAAAGAAGGUGGACUGGUUCUAAACGACAACUUUGAUGGGGGGGCAACAUGGGCUUUUGAGGUUGGGUCACAAUCAAUGGUUUGCCCUAUCAUCGUUGAGGAUCUGAAUCCACCUCGUCAGAUGCUUGUGGAGAUGCUUUGUGAAGAACAGGGUUUCUUUUUAGAAAUUGCUGAUUUGAUCAGAGGUUUGGGUUUGACCAUCUUGAAGGGGGUGAUGGAAGCUCGGAAUGAUAAGAUAUGGGCACGCUUUGCAGUAGAGGCAAAUAGGGAUGUAACGAGGAUGGAAAUAUUUAUGUCGCUUGUUCAACUUUUGGAGCAAACUGUAAAAGGCAAUGCAUCAUCGGUAAAUGCCAUGAAGAACAGUAUGAUGGUCCAACACUCUUUUCCUCUAGCAUCACCUAUCACUGCAACUGGAGCAGUAGAUUGUGAUGGGCCACUAGCUGUAGUUUGUUGGUCUGGACGUGUUCAGAGCAAGCGUAGUGUUUGCUUGCCAUGA